CUGGUAAGAAUUUUAGGGACACUGAGUAUAGCGUGUUCUCAAUGUAACGUAUUUGUAGUUUUUUUUCAAGUCCAAAUUUCACAUAAAAACCACUGCUUCUAAUUUUCAUCCUUCCCCUUAGAAUUCUAGUCAUACAAAAUUUAUCAAGCAAAGUAAGUGAAUAUUUUAUGGUGGUCUGAAUAGGGUGAAAAAAACCUUUACUUUUUUUUUUUUUGCCUAAGUGGGGAAUGGGCAUUUGAGAAGCUAUUGGUUGCUUAUUUUCGUGUGUCUUUUUGUUUGAUUGAUUUGUUAAAAAAAUUCUUCUGAGAUUACAAUUUUAGUUGGAUUCUUAAGAUUAAGAUUUAGACUUUAAUCCCAUGAGAGAUUUUUCUUCUGAGUUGUCAUUGAGUAUAACAUGGAAAAAUGCUAAAUGCAUUUACAUCAGCCGUUUUCAUAUUUUACUAAUUGAGAUUCAGGUUUUAAAAAAUUGGGUUAUAGGCCUGCCCAUAUUGCCUUCUGUGUUGGUAGAUUAUCAUUAAAUGACUAAAUUUAAUUUUCAAGCCUUAAUGAUUUUAAGCAGCAAAAAAUGUUGAUUAUGUAAGAUUAUUAAUGUCUGAUCAUUAAUGUUUGAUUAAGAUUUUGUAAAGAUGGAAGAAAUUUGUUUUAGACUUUAUGUACACUAACUGGGGACUUCAGGAAAUUAGAAAAAUUGGCCACGAGAUAAAGACAGAUUUUGUACAAACUUUUAGAAGCCCCCUCAGGUUUGGAUAGUGUAUUUGAUAGAAAUCCAUCAUAGAAAUUAAACUGUGAAACUUUUUUUUUUUUUAAAGAUUUAUUUUAUCAGAAAGUUGCAACUUUUUCUUAACCCAUUAUGUCUUAUUGUCAUAUAUAUGGUGCAUACAAAAACACCGAGCAAGAAAUAUAUUGCUUAUGGUAUCUUUGUGAUAAAUACUGCGACAUUGAGAAUGUAAGACUUGAUGGGUUAUUGUAUCCUUAGUGACAGUGUCAGACAAGGUGGCAGCUGCUGGAGUGGCAGUGUGUCACUGGAAGGCUAGGCCGAUCGCACAGUCUACUGGUGCAUCAUGAAGGCCAGAUGGGGAAGAUUUCAUAGUAGAAAAUAAUGAACUUUUGACCUGUGUCAGACACCCUGUUAGUCUUCCAUGCUGUCUUUAUGGAUGGUUUUGCUUAUUAAUUGGCAAACAUUACUAAAUUGGAGAAAUUACUGUUGUUUUUUUUAGGUGCAGUUGUUAGGCUAGUGAACCAUAGGGUUUGCACUUCCCAGCCUCAGCUGAUGCAGUCAGUGUGUUCAGAUUUUAUAAGUGUUUUUCACAGCCAUAUAUUUGUACCAGGAAAAUCUGUGAUAUUAGUGUAAGUAGCAUAGCAUAUAUGUGGAUGUUAAUACAUGUGUUAAUAUGAAUAACUAAUAUACUUAAAGUAGGUUAUUGUUAUUUGAUGUCUCAGUAAGGCUAUCUACCUUUUGUUUAUGCAUGUUGAAUCUGUUUUCUAGAAUUUACAUUGAAGUAGUUUCUGUUUUUAAAGAUAUGUUAUUAAAUUUACUUAGUGUAAACUUAUUUAGAGAUUUGUGUCUGUGCGUCUGAUUGUUUUCAGUAGCAUUUUUACCACUGGAAUUAGGCAUGGAUGCAUGAACUGUGCUUCAGCUGUGGGUGACUCUGUACACUGUCUUGAAGAAUCCGUAAUGGAGAUACAUGCCAGCUAAGCUACCACAUGAGUAGUGCUUCUAAGUACAUGGAGUCACCUGUUUUUAAAAAUCUUUGUUUUGGCUAAGAUGAUAAGAAAAAAUGUGAAAGUUAACAAGUUUUUGCCAAAAUUAGUUGGUUAAAAUUUAGCAAAUGUGGCAAGUCAGUGUACCUAUUUCACAGUGAAUUUUUCAUCUUUAUUUUUUUUCUUAUUAGUGUGAAAUUAUUUUAGGACUAACUCUUGACAUAUGGCAGUUAAAGUGUUGAUAGGUAAGACACAUAAGCCACCCUUCUUCGGAUAAGUAUGCAAAAGCUGACUACAAGGUUAAUGUUUUAAGAAGUUUUCCUGAAAGCAGGAAGUCUUCUUGAUGCAGUUAUCUGAUGUAGGUAUUUUCCAAAACUUUUAGCAGUUUAUGGAGGUGUGUUCCUUGGCAAUGGAUUCUUUUAGACAUCUCAGAUAUUGGUGAGACCUUUGAGUGAAUGGAUGUAGACUGCCUUUUAAAUUACAGCUAGUAUGUUAAGUAGAUUUUUAUUUUUAUUUAUUUUUUUUGUUUAUUUGGAAUUGAAUGGAAUCUGUUGGAUUAUCAAAAUUGUUUGCUUCACAAGUAGAUAGCUUGAGUAACAGGGUAGGGGCACUCAUUAAGGAACAGAUUUCAAUUCGCACAUAUUUGGUUUUUUUUUCUUUUUUUUUCUUUUUUUUUUUUUUGACUGAUUUGGUUAUUUGCCAUUUCUGGGGAUUAAACUUUAAAAAAUGUUCUUCUUUUCUGUAUCUGAUGUUCUGUGUGCUAUUAGUGAUGCAGCCAACACGAACGGUUGUCAUGUGUAACACAACUUUCGAUCACCGCGAAAACACCGUCCUGGGAAAGCGUCCAUGCUUGAUAUCGUUUGGUUCAUGAACAUUAAGUUUCCAGUACAGGUAAGAUCCCUGAAGAAGCCAAAGCCCUCUCCUUGCUGGCGCCCGCUCCGUCCAUGACCAGCCUGAUGCCUGGUGCAGGGCUGCUUCCCAUCCCCACCCCCAGUCCUUUGACCACACUUGGUGUCUCGCUUAGCAGUUUGGGAGCGAUACCAGCAGCAGCGCUGGACCCCAACAUUGCAGCUCUUGGGGAGAUACCACAGCCACCACUCAUGGGGAACGUGGACCCUUCUAAGAUUGACGAGAUCAGGAGGACGGUGUAUGUUGGCAAUCUGAAUUCCCAGACAACUACAGCUGAUCAACUACUUGAGUUUUUUAAACAAGUCGGAGAAGUAAAGUUUGUGCGGAUGGCAGGUGAUGAGACUCAGCCAACUCGGUUUGCUUUUGUGGAAUUUGCAGACCAAAGUUCUGUGCCAAGGGCCCUUGCUUUUAAUGGAGUUAUGUUUGGAGACAGGCCACUGAAAAUAAAUCACUCCAACAAUGCAAUAGUAAAACCCCCUGAGAUGACACCUCAGGCUGCAGCUAAGGAGUUAGAAGAAGUCAUGAAGCGGGUCCGAGAGGCUCAGUCCUUUAUCUCAGCAGCUAUUGAACCAGAGUCUGGAAAGAACAAUGAAAGAAAAGGCGGUCGAUCUCGUUCCCAUACUCGCUCACAAUCCAGAUCUAGCUCAAAAUCUCAUUCUAGAAGGAAAAGAUCACAGUCAAAGCGCAGGAGUAGAUCCCAUAAUAGAUCACGUUCAAGACAGAAAGAUCGACGCAGAUCUAAGAGCCCACAUAAAAAACGCUCUAAGUCAAGGGAGAGGCGCAAGUCCCGGAGUCGGUCACGUUCACGGGACAAAAGGAAGGAUACUCGAGAAAAGAUCAAGGAAAAGGAAAGAGUGAAAGAUAGAGAAAAGGAAAGGGAAAAAGAGAGAGAGAGAGAGAAGGAACGUGACAAGGAGAAGGAGCGGGGUAAAAACAAAGAUAAAGAGAAGGACAGAGAGAAAGAACGGGACAAAGAGCCUGAGAAGGAACAGGACAAAGACAAGGACAGAUCCAAAGAGACCGAUGAGAAGAGGAAGAAGGAGAAGAAGUCCAGAACACCACCCCGGAGUUACAAUGCCUCCAGAAGAUCUCGAAGUUCCAGCAGGGAAAGACGUAGGAGGAGGAGCAGGAGCUCUUCUAGAUCCCCAAGAACAUCGAAAACCAUAAAAAGGAAGUCUUCCCGGUCUCCCUCCCCGAGGGGCAGAAAUAAGAAGGAUAAAAAGAGAGAGAAGGAACGGGACCACAUUGGUGAGAGGAGGGAGAGUGAGCACUCCAGCUCUGUGAAAAAGGACUGUAAAGACGGCGAAGGCAAGGAGGACAGCGCUGUGCUCACAGGAAGUGAUGAGAAGGAGGAGAUGAACGAGGCAGAUUCAGAUGUGGGCAAAGAAGUCGGUGACCAGGACGCACCGAGGACUGGGGACAGCCACGGGCAGCAGAACGGCAGCUGUCAGCCUGACGAGGAAAACCUGUCUGCCCAGUCAGACACGGUGUAGGACCCUCCAAGGCCCCUCUGCACUCAACGCUGGCAUCCAGUCCAAAGCUUUUACGUCUCACAACAAGAUGUAAUAGACAGGGAGGAAGUCUAGUGGAGCGUAAAAGAUAGCAGCAAACGGCUUUCCAAUCCUUAGGUGACUUUGUGGCCAUCUUGUUUCUGAAUCAGAAAGCACGGACAUGGAGACGGUAGCACACGUUACUCAGCCUUCUCAUGUGAAGUCUGUGCAGUUCCAUGGUGGCCGACAUACUUGCCAUGUGGUUUAUUAGUGUCUGCCAAGAACCAUUGCAAAUAAACACAACAUCAGAGAUCCAAAUUCAUACUAUCCUUAAAGACUGGUGACAAGCUUUGCAGGCUCUUGACAAGGCUGGUUACUGAAUUUUGUAUCACUUUACUUUUUUUUUUUAAAGCAGUUUCAGUAUGUAAAGUUUGAUGAUGUGCUUGAAAUUGGUGGAAAUAUAAACACACCCCUUGUAAGUGCAAAGUAUGUAAGAAGUUUUCGCCUUUACAAGAUUUACAGUGAUUGUGUUUAAUUCUCACUUGUUUUCUUUUGUUCAUCAUUUAGGACAGCAGUUUUUCUUUAAGAUAGUUUUACAGGUUAAAAUUGUUUAAGUGGAUUAAAAAACAACUGACACUGCAUGCUACUGUUCUCUCUGAAAAGAAAGAACCCCCUGUGCUGAAUACUAAUACGUGUUAGUAUUCCGUGUUUGAGUCGUUGGGUCUACCCGCAGAGUGAGCGUUUUCUUUUAAACUUCCUUGACAUUUCCAAGCUUACUGCGAGUAGAAUUGCAGUGUGUGUUGUCAGCUGUAGGUGGCAAAGGCGUCCUUAGCAAAAGGAAACUGGGUUUUCAAAAUGGGCUAUGGGAGCACAAGCUGAAGCUUUAGUGCCUUCUACAAUGUUUUCUAGAAUUUUCUAUGUGCUAGUCAUCCUGAAUUCAUAUGGAAUCUAGGUGGAUAUUCUGUUCAUACCCAUAGAGAGGUAUGCAAGUCAAGUGUCAGGAGAGCUGCUUACUUAGUUCACCUAAUAUGAAAAGGAAGUCUUGUUUUCAAGGCUGAUUGUUGAGUUUAACAGUACAGUUUUGGGACCAUCAAUUUUAUACUGUGACAAUUGAAGCAUGCUGUUCUCCCUAAAAGGAACCUUUUUGUGGUCUAUGUUGAUGUUGAAUGACCUUAAUGAUUACCUCUCAGUUGUCUUCUCUAAAUGAUGUGCUGACUGAGGGAAGCCUCGUUUACCAGGGAGGUUGUGUGUCCCAGGGUAUGUUUCCUUGAGUUUAAAAUUCGGGUGGUCCGUCGUAGAUAGACUCACCUUUCCCUGACGGUGUGCAAGACGACAGCAUUGCAAAGGUUUUUCGUCUCAAAACGUUUAACUUGUGGUUUUUGAAUUCUUUUCAUUACUGUUAUAUUUCCAAAAAAAAAAGUAACAGUUUUAAUUAGCAUGUUAUUAAAAAAUCAAGUAUAAUUUUAUUUUAAUGCAGUCUAAUACAAUCAAAUUACUCAGUUGCCUUACCUCAAUGGGAAGAGUUACUUGUACAGAUAGAGUUAAAAAGCUGAGUAGCAGGUGGUCACUUGGUUUCACCUUGAAUUUUCAUGUUAAUACUGUUGAGGUUGAAGUCUUUGGUGAAGACUGAAAAGAGUUGCCCCCACCGCGAGUAAUGAAGCCUGGUUUGAUUAUUAAGCUGCUUAAUCACUCUUUUUGUGUUCAAAAUUACUGUGUGAUUUUUUUUUUCCUUUUUGUCAACUGUGUACAUUAAAACUUUGGAAAAUGCUUUACUAUGUAAAGUAUAGAUGGUCAUUUUUAUCAUUCAACCACAUACGGUUGGCUGUAAACAGCUUAUUCUGAUGUAAGAAUGCUGGGUGCAUAUGGAGAGGACUGUGUAGGAUUAUGUGUCUUGCAUCAAUAGCUGUCUUAUUUAUGAUAUGGAAGUAGACUAGAGCAAAUGUUUGAAUCUUUGUUAUUUUUAGUACCGUUUCUCUAAUAAAGCUAAGUAUUUUA